ACGCGUGCGCGACGACGCACUCGGUGCCGCCGCUGCGUGAUGACGCAGCGCGUCGCGUGACGUCACGCUUGGGGUCCGCUGUGCGGAGGCGGCGGGAGCAGCGGGGGCCCCGGGGACCCCGACUGCGCGUCCCUCCUCAUCCCCUCGUUCCCUCAUCCCCUCGCUCCCUCGUCCCGCCCGCCCGGGCCUCGCUCCCGCCACCAUGGGGGAGCAGCCAAUCUUCAGCACGAAGGCGCACGUGUUCCAGAUCGACCCGGCCACCAAGAAGAACUGGGUCCCGGCGAGCAAGCAGGCGGUCGCCGUGUCCUACUACUACGACUCGGCCCGCAACGCCUACCGCAUCAUCAGCAUGGACGGCACCAAGGUGAUCAUCAACAGCACGGUGACGCCAAACAUGGCGUUCACCAAGACGUCACAGAAGUUUGGGCAGUGGGCAGACAGCCGUGCCAACACGGUCUACGGCCUGGGCUUCUCAUCCGAGCAGCAUCUCACCAAGUUUGCGGAGAAGUUCCAGGAGGUGAAGGAGGCAGCGCGCACGGCGAGAGAGAAAUCGCAGGAAAAGGUGGAGACGUCCAGCAACCACUCGCAGGAGUCGAGCAGCAGCGACUCGGCGAGCCAGCAGCAGCAGCAGCAGCAACCGCCCCAGCACCCGACGGGCACGCCUGGGCCCCCUGGAGCCACGGGGCCCACGGGGCCCCCCGGGACCCCCGGGACCCCCGGCACCCCCGGGCAGCCCCCCGCCUACAACGGCACAGACGACGAGAAGGUGACGCAGGGCGUCCCCGUAGAGGCCCAGCUCUCCUACGAGAACGAGCGACUCAAGGUGGCGCUCGCCCAGAGCUCCGCCAACGGCAAGAAGUGGGAGGUGGAGUUGCAGGCGCUGAAGAGCAGCAACUCUCGGCUGUCGGCGGCGCUCACCGACGCGACCGCCAGCGCCGACGCGGGGAAGCAGCAGCUCCACGCACUGCAGGGGGAGGCAGAGCACCUGCGGCAGAGGGUGUUGGAGCUGGAGAGCGAGACGGGGGAGAGCGGCGCCGCGGCCGAGAGAAACUCGGAGCUGGCGCAGCGUGUGGAGCUGCUGGAGGCGACGCUGCACGAGAGGGAAGAGGAGGUGGAGAGGCUGAAGCUGCAGCAAGAGGUGGUGCAGCAGGUGGAGGCGCAGAGGGACGCCGCAUCCCGCCAGCUCAAGGAGACGGAGGAGCGGGCCGAGGGGCUGGCGGCGCGUGUGGCCGAGCUGGAGGAGGCCGUGGGCGCCGCUCGGGCCCAGCAGCUGGAGCAGGGCGAGCGCCUGCGCGAUGUCCUGGGCGUUCUCGAUGGCAAGAUCUCCGAGCUCACCGAGCUACGCGAGAGCGUCGCCAAGCUGGUGCUCGCCGACUAACGCGGGCCGCCGCACCGCCGGCAGGCGGGUGGGCAGAGCGCCACCGAGCCCCGUGGGAGGCGCCGACAUCAACGCACACGCGCGCACGUACUCGCGCACACGCACGGCAGCUUGCAUGCAUUU